AUGUCGGUCAGAUCGGCCUGGAGGGCCUUGCCGCCUGCCUGUGCCCUCGGGCGGCGCGCCACUGUCGCCUGCAGGGGAAUCAACCUGCGUGCUUCGCCUGCAUUGCCGAUCACCGCGAAACCAAACCGGAGAUUCGCCAGCACCAACAACGCGGCAACGGCGGCCAAGGCUGCGCCCAGCCCGGCUGCCGGGGGUGACUCGGCCCCGGCGUGGACCGGGAAUGGCGUCUUCGGAGUCGCGCUCCUUGCCGGCGUCCUGGGCUGGGGGCUUGCGACGCUGGCGACUGGCGGGAAGGGGAAGGGGUCCACGUUGCUGGACAGCAAGAAGCCGCUGCUGCGGUAUGCCAGCAUGAGGGAGAUGGAGAUUGCCAUCCAAGAGAUCCGCGACGCGAUCGGUCCCGAUGAGGACAUAAUCUCCACGGACCCGGACGACCUCCACGCGCAUGGAUACUCCGAGUGGUCCACCGUGAACACAGAAAGCCUGCCGGUGGCUGUGGCUUACCCGCGAUCCACGGCGGACGUGAGCACCAUCGCCCAGGUCUGCUACAAGUACCACGUUCCCAUUAUCCCUUAUUCGGGCGGGACGUCACUGGAGGGAGCUAGUAACUUUUCGGCCCCGUUUGGCGGCAUCAGCGUCGACUUCGCCUAUAUGGACCAGAUUAUCCAGUUCAACCAAGAGGAUAUGGACAUCGUCGUGCAGCCCUCCAUCGGGUGGCAGGACCUGAAUGAGCAGUUGAACAAGAUGGGCAGUGGGCUGUUUUUCCCGGUUGACCCUGGCCCGAGUGCGAAGAUAGGAGGCAUGAUUGGGACGAACUGUUCUGGCACCAACGCCGUUAAGUACGGCACGAUGAAAGACUGGGUCAUCAACUUGACUGUCGUGCUUUCUGAUGGGAGGAUCGUCAAGACGCGCCGGCGGCCGAGAAAGUCCUCGGCAGGAUAUAAUCUUAAUGGUCUAUUCGUCGGAUCCGAGGGUACUUUGGGCUUGGUGACGGAAGCAACCCUCAAGCUCGCCGUCGUCCCGGAGGACCUCUCGGUGGCGGUGGUGACGUUCCCCACGAUCCGCGAUGCGGCCGCGGCCGCCGCCGAGGUCAUGCAGACAGGGAUCCCCGUCGCGGCGAUGGAGAUCAUGGACGAGGUGCAGAUGCGCGUGGUCAACCUUGGCGGGGCGACUGCGCCUCGCGUGUGGGACGAGGUCCCGACGCUGUUCUUCAAGUUCUCAGGCACGAAGGCGUCCGUAAAGGAGAACAUUGGCAGCGUGCAGCGGAUCGCGAAGCGCAACAGCGGGUCUAACUUUGAGUUUGCCAAGGACUCCAGGGAGCAGAAGCUGCUUUGGAGCGCUCGGAAGGAGAGCCUGUGGAGCAUGCUUGCGCUGCGGAAGGGCGGAGAGGAAGUCUGGAGCACCGAUGUGGCCGUCCCCUUCAGUAGACUGGCUGACAUCAUCGAGGUCAGCAAGAAGGAGAUGGAUGAGCUUGGACUGUUUGCCUCUAUCCUGGGGCACAUCGGCGAUGGCAACUUUCACGAGAGUAUCCUGUACAACCCCGUCAACGGCGAGCGGGAGAAGGUCGAGGGGUGUGUGAAAAGGAUGGUGAAGCGUGCGAUUGACAUGGAGGGCACGUGUACUGGUGAGCACUCGAUCGGGUGGGGCAAGAAGGAGAGUCUCUUGCUGGAGGUCGGGCCCGAGACCUUGGAUGUCAUGCGGGACAUCAAGGCGUCCCUGGAUCCACGCUGGAUUAUGAACCCUGGCAAGAUCUUUGAUCGCCAAUCGUGA